AUGGAGGCUCCUAUUUCGCCAAAAAGCAAUUUAAAGCUCUUCUCAAGAGGUAUGGCGUUCAUCACAAGGUUGUAUUACCUUACUUCCCUCAAACUCAAGGACAAGUGGACGGAGGUCUCGAAUUAUGAAAUCAAAAAUCUUCUUGAAAGGAUGGUGAACAAAUCAAGGAAAGAUUGGUCUCUCAAACUUGAUGACACACUAUGGGCUCUUAGGACAGCGUACAAGACUCCAAUCGGCACGACCCCCUAUAGGUUGGUCUAUGGAAAGGCUUGUCACUUGCCGGUUGAGUUAGAAUACAAGGCUUGGUCGGCCAUCAAAGAGCUCCAUAUGGAUUUAUCGUUGGCCGGUGAGAAGAGAUUGCUUAAGCUCAAUGAGCUUGAAGAGCUUAUAGAUGAUGCUUAUGAGAGCUCAAGGUUAUAUAAGAAGAAGACCAAAAAGUGGCAUGACCAACAUAUUCGAAACAAGAACUUUAAGGUUGGAGACAAGGUUUUGCUUUUCAACUCAAGGCUUCGUUUGUUUCCAGGUGUUUGGAUGAUGAAGGAACAAGGAUUUUCUAUUUCGAAGAUGUGA